AUGGCAGGCGAAUCUCGUACCGAGCUCAUCGGAUGGCUAAACGACCUUUUACAAAUCAACUAUACCAAAGUAGAGCAAUGCGGAUCGGGAGCCGCGUAUUGUCAGAUCUUGGAUUCGGUUUAUGGAGACGUGCCGAUGACCAAAGUUAAGAUGAACGCAAAGCACGAGUACGAGUUUUUGGCGAAUUACAAAGUAUUGCAAGAUAUUUUCAAGAAGAAGAAAAUCGACAAGCCUAUCCCAGUUGAGAAGCUUGUCAAGUGCAAGAUGCAGGACAACCUCGAAUUCCUUCAGUGGAUAAGACGUUUCUGGGAAGGUAACUAUUCGGGUCAAGCCUACGAUGCCGUGGCACGACGACGCGGUGCACCGACCGAUCCACCCGCGACGAUGGCCCCAGUCAGGGCCGGCCCUGGGCUCGCGGCGAGCACAUCCGCACGCGCCUCGGUUGGCCGCAAAACCCCAGUCGGCAGUGCGAGGUCGGGGUCAGCGACUGGAGGAGCCGAGCUUGUUGCUGCCCAAAAACAAGUCCAAGAACUUUCGGCACAUCUCGAGGGCCUAGAAAAGGAGCGAGACUUUUACUUUGCCAAGUUGCGAGAUAUCGAGAUUCUGGCUCAGCAGCAAAUAGAGACUCUCGAGGCUGAAGGCAAAUCUGAUGAGACUUUGUCCGCGAUCCAGAAGAUUUUGUACUCGACCGAGGAGGGCUUCGAGGUACCGGAACAAGCUGCACUAGACGAAGAAGAAACCUUUUAG